AUGUUUCCAAAGGGUAAUGUGGCUGUCAUUUGCUGGGUAUGGAGGAACAUGAGGAAGCUAUUUCUAUUCCUUUCUCUCUUGCUGUCCCAGGCAGCUCAUUUGGAAGGCAGAAAGGAUAAUCACUUCAUCUGGAAACCAGGCCCCUGGGGAAGGUGUACAGGAGACUGUGGGCCUGGGGGAGUCCAGACUCGUACACUGUGGUGCUUCCACUUUGAAGGUUGGACAAGUCACCCGUCUAGCUGUGAUGAGAGCCACAGGCCUCCAAAGGAGAGAAGCUGCUUCCGAGUCUGUGACUGGCACAGCGACCUCUUCCAGUGGGAGGUCUCUGACUGGCACCACUGUGUGCUUGUGCCCCCCGUCCUGGGCCAGGCCAAGCCUCGGACCUCAGAGUGCGUGACAGCCCAGCAUGGGCUGCAGCACCGGACUGUGCGCUGUGUUCAGAAGUUGAACAGAACCAUGGUUGCAAGUGAAAUAUGUGAACACUUUGCCCCUCAGCCCCCCACAGAACAAGCUUGCCUCAUUCCUUGCCCCCGGGAUUGUGUUGUGUCUGAGUUCUCACAAUGGUCCAAGUGUAGCAAGGGGUGCGGGAAGCGACUGCAGCACAGAACUCGCGUGGCCAUCGCUCCCCCUCUCUAUGGAGGCUCUCACUGUCCCAAUCUGACGGAGACAAGGAUCUGUGACGCUCCCAUUUCCUGUCCUCUUGGGGAAGAGGAAUACACUUUCAGCCUUAAAGUUGGCCCGUGGAGUAAAUGUAGACUGCCUCAGCUGAAGGACAUUAACCUAACCGGAAGAACUGUUCUGGAUUUUAGCUCUGAUUCAAAGGAGCAAGUCACCUUGAGAUAUCCAAGUUACAAGCCACAUCACCAUGCCAAGCCCUGGGACAUAGAAAUAGGUUAUCAAACCCGGCAGGUUUGGUGUACAAGGAGUGAUGGAAAAAAUGCCAUGAUAAGCCUUUGCAUGAAAGACUCCUUCCCUUUGACUGUCCAGUCCUGCAUCAUGCCGAAAGACUGUGAGACCACCGAGUGGUCCUCCUGGGGUCCCUGCUCCAAGACGUGUCGUUCAGGGAGCCUCUCGCCGGGAUUCAGGAGCAGGAGCCGGAAUGUGAAGCACAUUGCUAUUGGAGGUGGAAAGGAGUGCCCUGAACUUCUGGAGAAACAGGCCUGCAUUGUCGAAGGAGAAAGUUUGCAGCCGUGUCCCAGGUAUUCCUGGCGGACUUCUGAGUGGAAAGAAUGCCAAGUCUCUCUCCUCCUCGAGCAGCAGGACCCCCACUGGCCUGUGACGGGACCCGUGUGUGGAGGUGGGAUCCAGACCCGGGCGGUGUACUGUGCCCAGAGCACACCAGCGUCCACCGCACAGAGGGCCAAGGAAGUCUUUAGACCUGUGGACAAAACACUAUGUUUGGGGCCUGCCCCUGCAGCCUCUCAGCUCUGCAGCAUUCCUUGCUCUACAGACUGCGUGGUAUCCUCCUGGUCAGCCUGGGGUCUGUGCAUCCAUGAAAACUGCCGCGAUCUCCAGGGGAGAAAAGGAUUUAGAAUGAGACAGCGCCAUGUCCUCAUGGAAUCCACGGGGCCUAUGGGACACUGCCCACAUUUGGUCGAAUCUGUUCCCUGUGAGGAUCCGAUGUGUUAUCGAUGGCUGGCAUCUGAAGGCAUCUGUAUCCCAGAUCAUGGGAAAUGUGGCCCGGGACAUCGCAUCCUGAAGGCUGUCUGCCAGAACGACAGAGGAGAAGAUGUGUCAGGGGGUCUCUGCCCAGCAUCUGUUCCUCCUGAACGGACGGCUUGUGAAAUUCCCUGCAGGAUGGACUGCGUGGUGAGCGAGUGGACAGAGUGGUCAUCCUGCUCCCAGUCUUGUUCAAAUAAAAACUCGGAUGGGAAACAAACCAGGUCAAGGACUAUCCUGGCUUUGGCUGGAGAAGGUGGAAAACCAUGUCCCCCUAGUCAGGCCCUCCAAGAAUAUCGCUCAUGCAAUGACCAUUCCUGUAUGCAACUCUAUUGGGAGACAUCGCCUUGGGGCCCCUGUGCUGAAGACACAUUGGGUACUGCUCUUAAUGCAACCAUUGGAUGGAAUGGAGAAGCUGCCUGUGGUGUGGGCAUUCAGACACGGAAGGUCUUUUGUAUCAAGAGUCACGUGGGACAAGUGAUGACCAAAAGAUGUCCAGACUCCACUCGCCCUGAAACAGUGCGCCCUUGCCUCCUCCCGUGCAGAAAAGACUGCAUUGUGACCGCCUUCAGCGAGUGGACGCCCUGCCCGAGGCUGUGCCAGCCAGGAAAUGCCACAAUAAGACAGUCUCGAUACAGGAUUAUCAACCAGGAAGCAGCUAAUGGAGGCCAAGAAUGUCCAGACACCUUAUUUGAAGAGCGAGAGUGUGAAGAUGUUUCAUUGUGCCCUACAUAUCGGUGGAAGCCACAGAAAUGGAGCCCCUGUACCUUAGUGCCGGAAUCUGUCAGGCAGGGAAUAAUGAGCACCAGCGAAGCCUGUGGGAAAGGGGUGCAAACAAGAGCUGUCUCUUGCAUCUCUGAUGAUAACCAGUCAGCAGAAAUGACUGAAUGCCUCAAGCAGGCAAAUAGCAUGCCUCCCCUUGUGCAAGAAUGCACGGUCCCAUGUCGAGACGACUGCACCUUCACUGCCUGGUCCAAGUUUACGUCCUGCUCCACAAAUUGUGAAACAACCCGAAGCAGACGGCGACAGCUCACAGGAAAAAGCAGGAAGAAGGAGAAGUGCCAGGAUGCUGACAUGUACCCUCUAGUGGAAACAGAACUGUGUCCUUGCGAUGUAUUUAUAUCCCAACCAUCUGGAAAUUGGUCAGACUGCAUUCUUCCUGAGAGCAGAAGGGAGCCUCAGCGAGGACUGCGGGUACAAGGAGACAGCAAACAAUGUGGACAGGGCGUGCGCUUUCAAGCAAUAGCCUGCUCUGAUAAAAACGGAAGGCCUGUUGACCCCUCCCACUGCAGUAGCUCUGGUUAUAUUCAAGAAGAAUGUGCCAUCCCCUGCCCAUUUGAUUGCAAGUUAAGCGACUGGUCCAGCUGGGGAUCUUGCAGUUCAUCUUGUGGGAUUGGCGUGAGAAUGCGAUCCAAAUGGCUAAAAGAAAAACCUUACAAUGGAGGUCGCCCAUGUCCCAAACUGGAUCUCAAGAAUCAGGUGCAUGAGGCAGUCCCGUGUUACAGCGAGUGCAAUCAGUAUUCCUGGGUUGUAGAACACUGGUCCCCAUGCAGAAUCCACAACGAGCUGAGGCCCCUGCGCUGUGGCGGAGGAACGCAAUCUAGGAAAAUCAGAUGUGUGAACACUGCCUCCAGUGAAGGCGGAGCAGUAAAUAACAGCCUCUGCAACCUGGACGAGAUGCCUCCAGAAACCCAGCCCUGCUCGCUUCUGUGUCCCAAUGAAUGCGUCAUGUCCGAGUGGGGAACCUGGAGCAAGUGCCCACAGUCAUGUGAUCCCCACACAAUGCAGAGAAGAACCCGCCAUCUGCUGAGACCCUCCCUGAGCUCCAGGACAUGUGCUGAAGACUCCCAGGUGCGGCCUUGCCUCCUCAAUGAAAACUGCUUCCAGUUCCAGUACAAUCUGACAGAGUGGAGCACGUGCCAGCUGAGUGAAAAUGCGACCUGUGGGCAAGGCGUCAGAACCCGCCUUCUGAGCUGUGUGCGCAGUGACGGCAAGCCAGUGGGCAUGGACCAAUGUGAGCAGCAUAACUUGGCGAAGCCACAGAGAAUGAGCAUUCACUGCCAGGUGGAAUGUGUGGUCAACUGUCAGCUCUCAGAGUGGACAGCUUGGACGGAGUGCUCACAGACUUGUGGCCAUGGAGGUCGAAUGAGCCGGACUCGAUUUAUCAUGCUGCCAACCCAAGGGGAAGGACGGCCGUGCUCCCCAGAGCUCGCCCAGCAGAAAGCCUGCCCGGUGACCCCCUGCUACAGCUGGGUCCUCAGCAACUGGUCUGCAUGUAAAUUGGAGGGCGGAGACUGUGGGGAGGGAGUCCAGAUCCGCAGCCGCUCCUGUGUGGUCCACAAUGGCUCGGUCGCUAGCUCAGCUGUACGUGUAGACGAUGCCCAGUGUAAAGAAGUGCCCUGGCAGGAUGGCACCCUGCAGCAGCUGUGUUCUGUGCCCUGCCCAGGAGACUGUCAUCUAACGGGCUGGUCGGAGUGGAGCACGUGUGAAUUAACCUGCAUCGAUGGAAGAAGCUUCGAGACCAUGGGCCGCCAAUCUAGGUCAAGGACAUUUAUAAUUCAGUCUUUUGAAAACCAAGACAGCUGCCCCCAGCAGGUUCUAGAAACACGUCCUUGUACAGGAGGCAAAUGUUAUCACUACACAUGGAAAGCGAGUCUUUGGGAUAAUAAUGAACGAACCGUAUGGUGCCAACGUUCAGAUGGCGUUAAUGUCACAGGAGGCUGCUCCCCUCAGGCACGCCCUGCCGCCAUUCGCCAGUGCAAUCCAGCCUGCAGAAAACCGUUCUCCUACUGCACUCAGGGCGGAGUCUGUGGUUGUGAGAAGGGUUAUACGGAGAUAAUGAGAUCAAAUGGUUUUCUGGAUUACUGCAUGAAAGUCCCUGGCUCAGAGGAUAGAAAAGCUCAUGUGAAAAACCUUGCUGGGAAGAACAGACCUGUGAAUUCAAAAAUACAUGAUAUUUUUAAAGGAUGGUCUAUUCAGCCCCUUGAUCCAGAUGGCCGAGUAAAAAUCUGGGUUUAUGGUGUUUCAGGUGGUGGUUUUCUUAUCAUGAUUUUCCUAGUAUUUACUUCCUACCUUGUUUGCAAGAAACCAAAACCACAUCAAAGCACACCUCCCCAACAGAAGCCUCUGACCUUCGCCUACGAUGGAGACUUAGACAUGUAA